AUGGUUGCCCCGCGCUUCGGCAUAGGGCUCGCCCAGGGCGCGCAGGAGCCUCCGGAGGCCUCGCGGCAGCACCUGGACGCCGUGAUCGUAGAUGGCGAGUUCAUGCGCGACGCGCACGGGUCUGCGUACCCUGCGCUGAAGUCCGUCAUCAACCAGGAGAAGGACAGCAUGUGCACGGCCGCGGCCGAGGACAGGAGGCACCUGGUCAUACCGCAGACGAUGCUGAACCUGGACAAGGGGCUCACGGAGGUGGUGCAGCUGAGCUGCCAGGGGUACACCAACCACGUCGUGGCAGUCGUCGCUCCUCUGGAGGACUGCCAGCGGCGCGGGGCCGCCCGCGAGCUCGAGACGGGCAAGCGCUACGAGCCGCGGGAGUUCCGGAAGUCCAUCGACUCCAUCUGGCCGAUGAUCUCCGCCUGCAACGGGCGCUACGAGCUCCUGCACGCCGUGGAGCCCGAGGCCAAGGUCAGGAGGCUGGAGUACCGCACGCUGGCCAGCGGCCUGUGCCGCAAGAGCCCCAUCUAUGAGCGGCCCGUGGCCGUGUGGGUGCUCGGGCCCGCGCGCGUGGGCAAGUCGGCGCUCACCCCGGCGCUGGGCGGCAGCUUCGACGUGCUGGAGCCUGCCGAGGGCGCCGGCUGCAGGGUGGACGGUGUCCUGGUGGACGGCAACAUCUUCCGGGAGGCGCACAGCGUCUACCAGCAGUGGGCGGAGGCCGCCAGUCCGGCCGCCGCCGCCUCGGCGUUCAAGUCCACCAGCGACAGGGAGAAGGAUCUGCUCGUCACGAAGGCCGCGCUGUGUCACAAGAACAUCGUGAUGGGCCGCCGGCUGACGGACUUGAACAAGGGGCUGACCGAGAUCGAGGGGCUCAAGUGGCAGGGCUACACAAACCACGUCGUCGCCGUCGUGGCCACCUUCGAGGAGUGCCAGCGCCGGGCGGGUCCCGAAGGCGCUCGCUGUACCCGCCGCGACUAUGACGCGUCCCUGCGCGCCAUACCGCCGAUGAUCGCGGCGUGCAACGGCCGGUACGCGAUACUCCGCCCCGCAGAGCGCCCAGAGCCCAGCGAUGCGCCGAUCCUCUUCAGUUGCCGCUGCCAGGGCCAGGGGGUGCCCGAAGGGGGCUCCGCCACGAGCCUGGCCUUCUCCUCCCUGGAAAGCCUGACGCGCGAGGUCGAGCAGGCCCUCGCGCAGGAUGGCGACUAA